AUGGCGGUCGAGGUGGAAGACCUACUGGUACAGCCAUUCAGAGAACUUAUCAAGCGUGGCAAUGAAGCCAUCACCAAUGGAGAGGCUGCCCGGCUGGAGAACCCAGAGUUGUCACAGGUGAUGCUCAGGUCAGCACGGGCUGUAGUCAGAGAGGGAGAACGAGCUCUCCAGAAAGUGCAGCCGCUCCUACUAGAUCACCUGGAAAGACAUGGCGAUGCAUUUCGAGAUGCCAUCAAGAACUGCGAUGAGGUAUUCGAAAGCCAACGCCAGCUGGAGGAUGUCCUAUACGACAUUGAUGACUACAUCGAGGUAGAUACCUUUGACGCCACCAAGUUCGCUCAGCUCCAGGCGGCUUCCAAAGCCUUUGCGCUCAGCUUGAUCGACAACAUCAGGAGACUUAGAGUUGGCGAUGCCUUGCCGUCGCCGGCAGCUUUCCCGCCACUUCCCGCAAUACCUCGGAGGAGGCCCAGCAAAGUUGAGCCAUUGAUCAUCACAUCGAGGCCAGCGACCAGAACUGGCCAUUAUAGCACUGACCAGACAGUCUUUACACCACAGGCCACAUCGGCUCCCCUGGUCAGCCACUCGCGUCGUGCUCUCUCUACCAGCAUCCGCAGUAGCCCCGGCGAGGCACACAUGCUUCGACGAAUGAGCUCCAAGACGUCACAAAAAUCACAAAAGUCACUGGCUCCGUCGACCAGCAGCUCCGACAGCCACUAUUCUCAGGCGAGUUUUCAAUGGUCUGGGGCUGGACAGUCGGAUACGCGAGGAUACAAUUCGCAGCAACCUUCAGAUGUGGAAGCCCUUGGUGAUGAGAUCCAGAAUCUCUUGAGCGAGCCGAAUAGUCCUAAACUACGAGAAAAUAGGCAGACAACAUCAGAGGUUUCAACGCCUUGGACGAGUGCGUGGGUUCACGACCAACUCUCGUCGCCGCGCGACAUGUUGGCACGAGAAACGAUUCCAGAGGACUCGCCCAUUGGACGGUUCAGCGAGGAAAGCACCGAGUCUGCCAGGACCAAGAGAUACACUGUCGAAAGCGAUACUCUUGCUACCGACAUUGUUUUCCCAACGCCCAGAAUCAGUCAAGCCUCAAAGACACGGAGAGCUUCCAUGUUGUCAAGCGUAAAUAAUGCAUCGUCUUAUGGUGGCUUGUCUACAAGUGCUCCCACAGGUGACUUGAGAACCAGUCUGCCAGUACAGAAUUCCCAGGAAACACUGGUACAUGGUAUGGAGCCAUAUUCACCCACAAAGAGAUCAGCUGGGUCUUUACACGGAUCACAUGGGUCAAUGUCCAACGUGUCGCACAUUUCGCACGGCUCCAUAGGCAGUGAGAAUUUACCACCAGAAUUCUUUCAACGGCAAAUUUGGAGACCAAAUAUACCAUCCGACGCAUCGGUAAAGGAUCUUUCCUUGGAACAGCCGAGGAGCGCCCCAAAGCCACCCGUGUACAGACCACCCAGAGUCACACCUCGCGUCGAGGACAACGAGAACCCCAAGCCAGUCUGGUAUUCACGCGAGGAAAACUGCUCCAUUGGACCGGACAGUUCACUGUACCAGAUGAAGAGCUUUUGCGAAGGUGCUCUUGCUUUCAAGAACGGCCGGUACCAAGAGGCUACCAAGACGGCCAUGUUUAUCGACUCAGUUGUUCCUACUUCAGCUGUCUUUCACGACUCGAUGAGUGAUGUGGCCCUAUCACUGGGUACCAACCAGGCAAUAUCUUUUGGCCCACGCAAGACGGUAACUCAGUGCAUCAACUGUGAAUAUUCCCACUCGGCCGCAGAGUUUAGGCGAGACAUGGCCAAAGACAAACGAGCCAACGCAACUACAGAAGGAGUCAACUACCGCCUCCGCUUCUUGUACAAGUCGCACCUGGCUGCCGAAACCAAGGGCAGCGCGCUGUAUGGAUGCAUCUUUUGCGCACACUUGGGCUACACGUCGCGCGAGGGCGAUGCCACCGUCUUCACCACGGAGCGCCAGCUCUUCCGCCACCUCUCGCACCACCCGCAGCCGCUGCCACAGAUCCCCGGGCUUACUGUCUUGUAUGGCUACCUCGGCAGCAACUGUACCGAGGCCGAGGACUAUGAUUUGCACUUUCCCAGUCCACAAUUUGCUAGCCCCAUCAUCCCCGAGGCACCGCUGCUGACACGGCGACCCACGGCCGUCGCCCUUCAGCCUCAGCUGCAAAAGGAAGGAUCCCGACCCCUGACUGAUCCGGAUGGCCGGCGCGACGUGCUGCAGUUCCUGGCCGGGGCCCGGAUCGUGGGCGUCGAAUUCCCCGACGCCUGGGGCGGCAAGUGGUGCACGGGCUGGCAUGACGGCGUGCGCGGUUCGUUCCCGGCCAAGCUGGUGCAGGUCGAGGCACCGCCCAAGAGCGACAUACGUUUACCCGGGACCAACAAUGACGGGCUCGUGGUGGUGUCCCGGUGGAAGUGGGAGCCCCGGGACGUUUCGGCCGGCUGGCUCAUCUUUGAUAAAAACACGACCAUCACGAACGUGAGCUGGUUGAGCUACGAUUCAUGGUGCUGGUCGGGCAUGACCAAGGACGGCAAGGUCGGCUUCUUUCCGUCGUCGCACAUCAAGCCCGACUCGAUUCGCGAUCCGUCUGGCUUGUACGGAUCUUCCUUGGGCAACAAAAAGGACCCGGCUCGAAGGCUGUUCAAGAUGCGACACGCCAAGAGCUCCUCAUCGUCUGGCAGCAGUUGA